CGAAAUCUUGCAAUAUUAUUCUUCGAUUGAGAAUUCAUGAAAUCCGACUGUGUAAAACUGUGAGUGUGACGUUUGUAGUGAUGUGCCAGUUGCGAUAACAAAUAGUGACUAUGCUUGAAGAACAUGGAACAGAUGAGAUGUGGAGCUCGGUGGAGAGCGGCGGCAGCAACGGCCGUGCCGUGCCGUGCGCGCGCGGCAAGCACUCGGCCACGCUGCUGGGCGGCCACGUCUACGUGCUGGGCGGGAGGGGCGCGGGGGGCGCGGUGCCGCUGCGGGACUUCUGGAGGUACAGUCUUGCAACGGGCAAGUGGGAGAAGCUGGAAUGCCGCGGGGAGCCACCGCCGUCGCUGCAGGAGCACAGCGCGACGGCGCACGAGGCCAAGCUGUACGUGUUCGGCGGAGAGGCCGGCGCGCUCUCCAACGAGACACCGCUCUGGAUAUACGAUACUGAGACUGGAAUUUGGCGCAAGCUGCCUGGGCAGUCGAACUAUUCAUCGACGCUGCGGCGGCGCGGGUCGCGAGAGCCCCGGGGCGCAGGGCUGGGCCCGCGCGGUCGCAGGGGCCACUCUGCGCAUGCGCUGAAGGACUGCUUGCUCAUAUACGGAGGGUACAAGGACCUCAGGGGGUCCACGCAUGAGCUGUGGGCGUUUCAUUAUGAGUCGGAGUCGUGGCACCAGGUGCGCACGGCGGGCGCGGGCCCGGCGCGGCACCGUCACGCGGCGGCGCUGUACGACAACCGCCUGUACGUGCACGCCGGUCAGUGCGACCUGCGCGACUGCAGCGACCUCUGGUACUACGACACCAUGUCGCGCGUGUGGAGCCAGGUGCGCACGCCGGCGAAGCUGUCGCCGAGCGCGCGCAGCGGGCACGCGGGGCUGCGCGCCGGCGCACACCUCUACAUCUUCGGCGGCGAGACGCACGGACACUCCACCAACGAGCUCUGGAGGUUCCACUUCGCUACCGAAACCUGGGAACGGAUAAUCCAAAGUCUCAAAUGGCCCUCUCCCCGCGUGGACAGCUGCGCACUCUUGAUCCCGGCCGCGCCGCCGCGAGUGCGCUCGGCGCCCACCAACAGGAUGAACAGCAACCGCCACUCCCUGAACGCGAGGCCCGACCCUCCCGCCAGCCUACUCAAGGAGAUCUCCAAGUUAUCUUCCUUCCACAUUCGAAGAGCCGCACGUUGCUCGUACAGCGUGCUAGCCGGCGAGAGGGACUCCACAGAGAGCCUCGUCAGACAAGAGGCGGCAUUGUCUAAGUCUCACUCGGCUUACGUGAUCGACAAGCGACAACCUGCAGACGGAGGCGAGAGUCCGCGAGAAGGUGACGUCCCUGAGUUCAGAACAGAAAUGUCCCGUGAGCCAAUAUCCGUUCCUGAUUUCGCUGACAUGAUCCUCCCUACGCCAGUGUUAUCGCCAGUAGAAGCUACGAAGUUGGUAUACCUCGAUUCAGAAGAAGAGGAAGACAUUAGACGAGAAAUAAAUAGUAUCAAGAAAAAAGAUGGCAUGUCGUCAGUCAAACUAGACGGCAAGGUCACUGUCGUUACGAUUCCAAAGUCGGCGUCGGUUAGGUUCACCAAAGACACGAUAAUAACCGACGAGGAAGACACAGAACUGUCUACUUCAGACUACGCAAGCGCGGAGCGGGUUAACCGAUUGUCGGGAAAUUCUCUAGGCUUUAGCAAUCCACAUUACUUAGGGCCUGACGUAAGGAACUUGGGAGCGGCUCUGACUCCCGACUCGGGCGUGGGGCCCGGCGACAUCGAGCUGCAGGACCUGAGCGAGCGGCGCGCGCGCAGCGUGCCGCGGACGGGCGACACGCAGCUGCACCUGCUGCUGGUGGGGGGCAAGGAGCCGCCGCACCUGGCAUUGCUGCAGAACCCGCUCUCCAUGUGGACGUACCGCCUGUUGUAAUAGUAUUAUCUUCUCAAUAGUAUAGAUCUUCGUCCAUUAGCGGAACUAGGCUCUUCCCGGGCGCAACGUAGCCGUCGACUUUUUCAAUUAGAUUUAUUUUUGACUCUAAUGUUUAAGAAAGUGAUCUUUAUAAAUGAAAAUAAAUUUGAAAAUCAUAUGAAUGUGCUUUUCGAAUCGUUGACGUCCAAAUUAUUGAUGUAAAAAAGAUACUUAUGAGACUUUAGUUUAAGUAGUUACGAAGUGUACGUGUUCGCUUGUUCGCAUUCAUAAUUCUGAUAUUGGUACCGGUAACGCAGGAUCAAUAUAACUCCAGUCUAAAAAAGAAAAAUAUAGUUUCCUGUGCCGUGUUUAUAUAGGUUUACUUCGAAAGUGCGACGUUACCGAUGCCGUAAUUCCUAUUGUGUAGCUAAGUAGCCACUGUGGGUACAACGCGUGCCAAUAAAGUAUUCCUAAAUGUAACUGACGAUAUUAUUAUGAAGAAGCACAAACUAAGGCCGCAUUGUUGCUGUCUACAUGAAAUACUUUGGAACUAGAAAAUGUUGAAUAUUCCACUGAAUGGGCAGUGAUCGAUCAGUCAGAGAAGUAGCCCGUGAUCACUAGGAAGACCCAAUGCCUUGAUCGCGAGUCCUGCGUUAUACCUAUAAGUUUGUAAUACGCCCAUCGUUGUAAUUAAGCCCACAUAGUUACCUAUGUUGCCGUGUUGUUAUUCAAUUUGUUGUAUUAAGUUUUUUAUUGUUAGACCAUGGGUUAUUUAUGAUGCAUAUUUUUUUCUGUUUUCGCAUAUGUAGCAACCACUUUGUUUUAGACUUUAUGUACCUACCUAGUUGUUUUUUUAACUGGAAUUAUGAAUUCAAGAAAUGUCAACGUGUUAAAAUAAUAUGUUUAAUGUGGCGACAUUAUGAUUAUGUAGUUAAAAUAAUAUAGAAGAAAUACCAAACAGUUGUCAAAUCAGAGGUGUGUUCAUGCAAUAUCCUGCGUGAGUCGUGUUGCAGUGCACACCAGUCCACUACGAUGCUAAAUAUCUAUGAAAUGCCUAAACUGAUAAUUGAUUGAUCAAUUAUAACAAUUUGAAUGUACCUAGACAUUUAGGUAAUAAUCCGUUGUAAUAAUCCAUUUGCAGCAGUUUGCUAAAUGUGACCAUACUUUCUCUGACACGCAUUUAGCGUCCAUAACGUGACAGAAGUUUCUUAUUUCAUUUUAUCAAUUUGUACAGCUCUUUUUAGGUCAGGCUACUGACUAGCAAAGUAACAGUCAGGCUAAGAAUUUGUCGUAUUCCAUUAAGUAUUAAUUUUAUAUUGAAUGUGAUUUUUUAUUCUACAAAGGAUGACGAGGAUGUAAUGUGUUUAAGAUCAAUAUUUGUAGUAUAGUGACCUGUAAUUGUUUUUUUUUGGGAUAUGUGGUGGUGAAUUUUUGCUACAUACAUAUUACCUUUAGGUAUGUUUUGUUAGUGUUUAGACCCGGUAAUGAAGUACCCGCGUCCACAUGAUCGCCUCUUAGCGACCGGCCAGUAGCUUAGCUGUACGUCUACUAGACGUGCCUAGCAUUUGCUAAGACUGAGUAGUGUGUAGCGGUUACAUUGUGUUCUAAAAUUCUAAUCAUAUUUCUGAUAGACAAAUUCAUCUUUCUUACACACAGAAAAGCUAAAAAAAUGUGUAAUUCUAUAUAUUAAUUUAGAGGUUGUCUACAGACAUAAAUGGUUAUGUACAGCUGUAACGGACUACUUUAUAUUUAUUUUAUUGACAGUGUUAUAUGAAGUACCUAUGUGCGUAUCUGAUCGGGUUCCACGUUCCCCGACAUGUUGUAAUCUGCUGCCAAUUUUAUAUGGAACUUGAUAUUAUUGUGAUUACGUGUUUCGAUCUUAGUAACUACAAUAUUGGAAAUGUUAUUAAAUGUAGUAAUGUCUUA